AUGGUUGUUGAUGGUUCCUCUUCAAUGGGAUCAAAGCAAGGCCAAUUACUUUCUGAAAAGAUUGAAAAUGAUUUGAUUGCAGAAUUAUCAGGAUUACGGGAUGCUGCUAAAUCUUACGGGUCUAUGAAGCAACAUUGGUGCCAAUGGCAAGAAAGGUGCAACUCCUUUUCGCAACGGGGGAAGAUCACUGCAAGUAGAAGCGAGAAGACGACCAAAUAUCCAUGCCAGGUUGCAUCUAGUUAUUUAAGUAUUUCCACUGUGAAAUUGGUUGAAGUGAAAUUGGAUCUGGGAAACGCUAGCAAGAAAAGUAAGAAGAGUGAUGCUGCUGAAAUUACAUCCAAGAAUAAGCAUGAUGUGAAAGUGGGCGGAGAGUCUAGCACAGGGGAUAUGGAACUUGUGGAUGCCGAAAUGGAUGAAGACAAGUUAGAGAAAAAGGAAGGGAAGAAAACGUUCCGAUCAAACCUGAAACCGACAGUUGAAGUGCUGGAAAAAUUGGUAUUUACUGAAGCACAAGAGGCUGUGUUAAGGAAGACUAAAUUCUGGAACUUUAUUGAGGAGAUCAAACAAGGUAAGGUGGGCAAGGCUGAAUGUAUCAAAUCUCCAAGGGCAUUAGAGUUCAUCAUAAGAAAUUUUGACCCGAAAGAAUUGGCAUUCAAGAUUGGUGAUCAAGUUUUCAAGACCGAUGCAAAUCAUCUUGCUAUUAUUUUCAAAAUGCAGAGAAUACGUAAUAGUGAACAAGAUAAGAAACUUUAUGGACCAAAAGAAGACCCAAGUUUGAAAACUUCUGAAUUUUACAAAAAGUACUUUCUUGAGCCAAAGAGAAGGGAUGAAGAGGAGAAAAAGAAAGAUGAAAAGAAGAAGGCUGAAGCCAAAGAGAAGAAAAGGAAAGAGAAGAAUAUUGGGGACAAGUUGGAUAAGAAAUACAUUGUCGAAGGAAUACAUACUGCUAUGAAUGAAGAAGGAACAUAA